AUGCCCGUUCGAUCUCUCCGCUCGAUGGCCACGGCCACGGCAAUCCGCCAUGUUAAAGCACUGGAUGAUCUUGGUGCGCUGCCAUACAUUCUAGCCCGGCCUAUAUUACAGAAGGUGGACAAUGCCGAAAAACUGCGCACCAUCGAGCUUGCAUCACCCCAUCUGGCAGAAGAAGAUUCGGAAAUCUGGAUGGACAUCAUCAAACGAGACAUCCCCCGCUGGGAAACCUACCAGCUCCCAGCUGAAUCAAAUGACUGGUAUAAUAUAUACUGCGACCUGCGCGAACAAACCGAACGGGCCCUGGACGCCGAUGCCGAGAUGAUGCGAAAGGCGAUUGACGGCAUCAACAACAAGCGCGCCGCACUCACACCCCAGAUCAUCCCCCAAAGCAAGAGCCACCGGAUGGCUCAUGCCCGACCCAGUGCCAGGCAGCGUCAUGCUGCCUAUGAUCGCAAGAUGGGCGGAAUCAGCACCGACGCCGGCCUGCACAUACCGCGCUCCGAAUUCGGGCCCAAGAAGAAGAACAACAUCUUCCAGCCCACGAGGCGCAACAACGCGCUGACCGUGCCAACAAAGGCCCUCAGCAACCGUUCGUCGCAGGUACAACGUGCGCCGCGUGCCUUGAUCGAAGAUCACCAGGUCGCUCGCCGGCCUGCACAACAAAAGCCCCAUGCGCCGCCAAAGCCUCCAAGCGUGGCGGCUUCGUUACAGCAGCAGCACGCGACGCUUGCAAGGAACGAAGACAAGUUGCGUGCACUCACUGGUGGCACUGUGCGGGCCGAACCAAAUCCCGGCUCCAAGCGUCGGGCUACCUCUCCACCUCCCUCCUCUUCAUCUCGCCCCGAACCUCAGCCAUCUCCAUCCUCGGGCCCGUCGACCUCCGGGCCUAUCAUGCGGCGGCGCCCGCCGCCCAGUAUAUUCAUGCCGCCCAAACGGCGGCGAGUGUGA